AUGCGUCUCCUACAGUGCACCCGCGAUAGCGGGUUCCGUCUGACUCCAGACAUGGACGAAGACGAAAUUGCAGUCCAUCCUUAUGCGAUACUGUCACAUACCUGGGGAGCAGAAGGAGAGGAGGUCACAUUCGAAGAUCUAGCAAGCGGUGCUGGGGAGAGAAAGCCUGGCUAUAAGAAAAUCGAGUUUUGUGGGAAGCAGGCAGAGCAAGACGGGCUGCAAUACUUCUGGAUUGACGCAUGCUGCAUUAACAAGGGAAACAAGGCUGAGUUCUCGCAGGCUAUCCAGUCAAUGUUUCGCUGGUAUCGCAACGCGGCUCGCUGCUACGUCUACUUAUCAGACGUGUCUUGUUCACCUCACAGAAGCGAAGAAGAAGCGAACCUGCUACUAUGGGACUUGGAGUUCCGGCAAAGCAAAUGGUUCCUGCGCGGUUGGACGCUUCAGGAGCUUCUCGCACCUAGCUUAGUCGAGUUCUUCUCGUGCCAAGGGAAGAAGCUUGGUGACAAGAUCUCACUCAAGCAACAGAUUCACGAAAUCACCAGCAUCCCGCUCCUUGCACUAGAAGGGACCCCUCUGUCUCAGUUCAGCAUCCACGAGCGGCUGCGAUGGAAAGGCGACCGGGAGACCACACGCGAUGAAGAUGGGUGGUAUUCAUUAUCAGGCAUCUUUUAUGUUGAGAUAGCGCCAGCUUACAGCGAAGGGGCGGCGAGCGCGUUCAGACGUUUGAAGGAAGAGAUUGAUAAGCAAGAAAGAUGCGUUCAAGACGUACGCCACACGGAUCCGCGUGAUGACAAGAAGCGUAUUGAGGAUACAAAGGGUGGACUGCUAGCAGACUCGUACCGCUGGGUCCUUGACAACACCACCUUCCAGCAAUGGCAACAGGACCCACACAACCAACUGCUAUGGAUAAAAGGUGAUCCUGGUAAAGGCAAGACAAUGCUGCUCUGCGGCAUUAUCGACGAGCUGCAUAGUUCAAUGCCUAGGACUGCCCUUCUAUCCUACUUCUUCUGCCAAGAGACCGACUCGCGCAUCAACAGCGCUACGGCCGUGCUACGAGGGCUGUUGUACAUGCUCGUGAAUCAACAACCGUCACUUGUAUCGCACGUCCGCAAGAAGUACGAUCACGCAGGCAAAACCUUGUUCGAGGAUGCAAAUGCCUGGGUAGCCUUGACAGAGAUCUUCGUCGAUGUGCUGCGAGACCCAAGCCUGAACACUACAUACCUGAUCAUCGACGCGCUGGACGAGUGUAUUACCAAUAGGCCGAAGCUGCUGGAAUUUAUCGCGAUGCAGUCUUCUACGUCUCAACGCGUCAAGUGGAUUGUGUCUAGCCGUAAUUGGCCAGACAUUGAAACACAGCUAGAGCGGGCGGGACACAAAGUGAGACUAAGUCUUGAGCUAAACGCAAAGUCGGUUGCUGCGGCGGUUGACACCUUUAUCCAGCGAAAAGUAGAUCAGUUGGCGAAGGAAAAGCGGUACAAGGCGGAAAUGAGACAUGCCGUACUCCAGCACUUGACGUCAAACGCGAACGAUACCUUCCUCUGGGUAGCGUUAGUGUGUCAAGAUCUGAGAAAGACAACAAAGUGGAACGUGCUAAAGAAGCUACCCUUAUUCCCGCCUGGGCUAGACUCCUUGUAUAAGCGGAUGAUGCACCAGAUAGGCGAGUCUGACAGCGCUGAGGUCUGUCGGCAGGUGCUGGCUUCGGCUGCGAUCUUGUAUCGACCUGCUACGAUCCCGGAACUAAUUGUGCUCGUUGAGCAGCUUGAAGACUUUGUCGACGACCUAGAGUCAGUGCGGGAGAUUAUCAGCCUUUGUGGAUCGUUCCUUACUCUGCGAGAAGAUACAGUCUACUUUGUGCAUCAGUCCGCAAAGGACUUUCUCUUCGCAAAAGCAUUAGAUGAGGUAUUUCCGCAUGGAACCAAGGCCGCUCAUCAAGUGAUCUUCUCGAGGUCGCUCGCAAUUUUGUCCAAGACAUUGCACAGGGACAUGUACAGUCUAAAAGCGCUAGGAUUUCCUGUCAAAGACGUCAAACGGCCUGAUCUAGACCCAUUAGCAGCAUCACGCUACCCGUGCAUUUACUGGAUUGAUCAUCUACACGACUCGAAACCUAGGUCUUCAGCAAACAAUGUUCAAUACCUGCAAGUUACAGGCAUUGUUAAUGAAUUUAUAAAGAAGAAAUAUCUCUAUUGGCUAGAAGGGCUUAGUUUGUGCGAGAGCGUAGAGAAAGGUAUAGUCUCGAUGACAAAACUGUGGUCAAUAGUGCAGGAGAUGCGUGACCAAGAUGGAUUUACUCAGCUUGUUCAAGAUGCACGGCGAUUCGUCAUGUAUCAUAAAGGGGCAAUUGAGAGUUACCCUCUUCAAACAUAUGCAUCUGCGCUGUUGUUCAGUCCAAUAGGUAGUCUAAUAAGACAGCUGUUUCAGCACGAAGAGCCUAAAGGAAUUACUAUGAAGCUAGCUAUGAGCGACAACUGGGGCGCGUGCCUCCAGACGCUCGAAGGCCAUAGCGACGGAGUUCACUCUGUGGCCUUCUCACACAACUCGGCCCAGCUAGCAUCAGCAUCGUGGGACAAGACCAUCAAAAUCUGGGAUGCGAGCAGCGGCGCGUGCCUCCAGACGCUCGAAGGCCAUAGCGACGGA